AUGGGAUUAAUAGUCAUGUUACGAUUCAACAGUGUGUCAAUACCUAAAUCUGGUUUAAGGAUUUUGAGUCAUAUCAAUAUUAGGAGUAUUUGCAGUCAAAACAACAAUAAUUUUAUUAUUGUACCAACACGCUUAAAUAGUAUCAGCUAUUUUAUAAGAAACUAUAAUACUCAAAGACACAGUAUUAAAGAUAGCCAAUACUUCAAGAAUAAACAUAACAAUUAUUUCAAGGCUAAACACGAUAAUCAGUAUAAUAAACAUCGAAAUAGUCAGUUAAAUAAUAAUAAUAAUAAUAAUAAUAAUAGUAGUAGUAGUAGUAGUAGUAGCAUCAGUGUACAGGAUUUCAAUAUAGUUGAAUUUAAAAAAGAAACUUUAGCGAAAUUAAUCCAUUUAUCAAAUGAGGGUUCAGUCACUUUACAACAACUGUAUGAUGAAGGGAUCCUUGAUAGGUCUUUAUUUUUAUCCAUACAGAGAAUGAAUUUCCCCAGUUUAACACCGGUUCAACAGAAAACUAUUAAACCUAUUCUGAUAAGUGAUAGUAAUGACAACGUCAAACAGCCUGAUAUAAUAACCAGAGCAAAGACAGGCACAGGUAAGACUUUCUCCUUUUUAAUACCUAUCUUUCAACAUUUAAUCAACACACAUCAACAACAUCAGUACAUGGUUAAAGCUGUCAUCAUUGCUCCAACUAGAGACUUGGCUUUACAGAUUGAAACUGAAGUUAAAAAAUUACACAAAAAUUAUCGUGUUUUGAGUAAAUAUCAAUCUAUUUCUCUAGUAGGUGGCACAAAUUUACAGAAAUCUUUAGAUUUCAUGUAUAAGAGGAGACCAAAUAUCGUUAUUGCCACACCUGGUAGAUUUAUUGAUAUCUUGGAUAGGGUAGGAGACAAGUUUUUCAAAUUUGUCGAUUUUAAAGUCCUGGAUGAGGCUGAUCGGUUGUUGGAGAUAGGUUUCAAACAAGAUCUGGAACAUAUUUCAACCACUUUAAAUGGUCUAAAUGUCAAUGGUGAUAAACAUAUCAGGACUUUAUUAUUCUCUGCUACAUUAGAUGAAAAAGUACAGAAUCUUGCAAAUAAUAUUAUGAAUAAAGAAAAGUGUCUUUUCAUUGACACAAUAGAUAAAAAUGAACCUGAAGCACACGAAAAGAUUGAACAAUCAUUAGUUGUGUCGAAAAGUUUUGCUGAUAGUAUUCACGCCACGAUUGACCAUCUUAAAUUAAAAAUAGUAGAGAACAACAAGACUAGUAAAACUACCAAUAUUGAUUACAAAGCUAUACUUUUCACCCCUACUGUGAAAUUUACAAAGUUUAUAUAUUCCAUUUUAAAUAAAGAAUUCGGUAGCCAAUCAUUUCCAAUAUAUGAAUUUCAUGGACAAGUGUCACAAUCAAGAAGAACUAAUUUAGUUAAACAGUUUAAAAAUGAUUCUAAUGGAUUAUUGAUUUGUACAGAUGUUGCAGCACGUGGUAUGGAUUUCCCGAACGUUAAAGAAGUGUUACAAAUCGGUGUUCCAACCGAGCUAGCAAAUUAUAUUCAUAGAAUAGGUAGAACUGCUAGAAGUGGUAAAGAUGGGAAAGCGAUUAUGUUUUUAUGUGAGAAGGAGCUACCCUUUAUUGAUCAAUUAAAAAGAACUAAAAAUAUCGAUAUCAUCAACAAGACUCGAUAUGAAUCAACUAAUGAAGCAAAGGACCACUUAGCUGCAAAUUUUCAAUCUCAAACUAUGGCUUUGGGAAGUUUGUCAGAAUCUAUUAUUUCAUUGAUAUCGUAUUAUAGAUCGUGUAUCAAAGAAUAUAUGUUUACUGAAAAGGUGAUUUUACCAGAAAUAGCAAAGACAUAUGGGUCUUUAUUGAAUGAACCGUAUAAAAAACUGCCUGUAACAAGAACUGUCAUAGAUAGAUUAGGUCUAACACGGAAUCCAAUAUCAAAAACUAUGUUUCAAAUAACGAGACGAAAUUUAAAUGAGGAAAAGAAUGAUCACUUGAAUACACACAGUCAUAAAUAUAGAGAAAAAAAACAUAAUUAUCACAGUUAUUCUCGUAUGAAAUUUCAAUCUAGGAAAAACGAUACUUCUUAUGGUCAUUCCAAAAAGUGCUACCAGUCAGAAGAUUUUGAAUCUGAUAGAUUCUAUACAACUCCAAAAUAA